AUAUAAGUCAACAAGUAAGAAAUGAUAGUGAUUCAUUGUAUGAUCUUCUUUUAGAAAAUUAUGAGUGGCAAUGUUUAGAAGAAUUGAUUAUACUUCUCCAACCAUUUGCACAAUCAAUUACAUUUAUGGGAGGCAGCCAUUAUCCUACUUUAGGUAUGAUGUAUCCAAUGAUUCAAAAGCUUUUCAAAUAUCUUAAUACUGUUAAGCUUGCUACAUUCGAAGUUCAAGAAGUUUGUAAAGAGAUUAAACAGUCAAUGUCAAAUCAUUGGGAUGAGCCAAAAGAAGCAGGAUUAAUUGUAUCUUACCUAGAUUCUCGAUUUAAAAAUUUACAUUUUUUAAACUCUGAAGAAAAAAUGGAGACAAUUAACUUACUUUGUAUACAAAUUAUUAAAUCAUCUGAUUCUUACAGUUGCACCAACACUAGUUCUUAUAUUAAAAACACACAAGAACAUAUAAUGA